AUGUUACGUGCCAAUUUUAUUAGAUGUUCAAGACCAAUUAGAUUAGUUCACACUACUCCAGUUAGAUACUCAGUUGUAGAUACUGCAAAAGAUGUUUUAAACAAAGCCAACAAAAAAACUGGGGAAUUCUUAGCUGGUACAAUGGAAACCGUUGAGCAAGCUGCCCCAACCAAUGCUAGUGAUGCAGCUCAAAAAGCAGGAGAAGCUGCUGAAAAAGUUAGUGAAACUGCCAGUGAAGUUAACAAGAAAUCUGGUGAAGUUUUAGCCGAUGGAAUGCAAAAAGUUGAAGAUGCUACUCCAGGUCUCAAUGAUCAUCCAGCAAAGAAGAAAGUUGACAAAAAUUCUGCUGGUUACAAGGAUUUACAAGACAAAGGUGCUAAAGCUGAAAGUGAACAAAAUAGACCAGAAGAUGGUUUAUAA